UUUUCCAUUUCAUAAACACCUCCACGUUCUCAGUCCUUUUCUUAAACUUCUUAGUUUCUUUAUUGGAAAUUGCUGCUAUUUUGUGGGGAGGAUUCAACAAAUUGAUAUUAAAAGAAUGGAUACCUAUCAAGUGGGUCAGGGUGUUUACUCAGACGCUUCUAAAUGUUUUUCCCACGCUGACUCUUCAUUUUUCUUUCAUACCGCGUCCGAAAUUGCAGAUCAAAGUACAUGGCAAUGACAAUGGCCAUGUUUUCCCAGGUUGCUUUUGCUGGUUGCAGAGCACACCCCAAUCAUGAACACCCUACUCAUUUUCACUAUAGAUCAGUGUGCACAAAAUUCUCAAAACAGUACAAGUCUGCAGAAACAUUUCAAUUUGAAAGAAAAAACUAUUUGGGCGUUAGGAGGAAAGAAUUUUCCGUGAAGUGCUCAGGUGUGAGCUUUGAUGAGGUUGUGGAGCAGGCCAAGGAGAUGAUAAAAUGUGACAACGGUCCUACCAGAUGGUUCACUCCUUUGAACUGUGGAAGACCUCCUCCGAAUGCCCCUUUGCUUCUUUAUCUUCCAGGAAUGGAUGGAACAGGAUUAGGAUUGAGCUUACAUCAUCGGCAUCUUGGAGAACUGUUCGAGGUUCGAUGUCUGCAUAUUCCAGUAAUGGAUCGCACUUCCUUUGAAGGACUCUUGCCUUUUGUCAAGGAAGCAUUAAUGUUGGAAUGUGGAGGGGCAAACUCAAGGCCGAUUUAUUUGGUUGGGGAGUGUUUGGGUGCAUGCCUAGCAUUGGCUGUUGCCGCACACAACCCUGAUAUAGAUCUUACUCUGGUAUUGGUGAAUCCAGCAACUUGUUUUAGCAGAUCGCAACUCCAGUCUUGGUUUCCAAUAAUGGAUUCUUUGAGUAACGAGUUAUCUUCGAUUCUCCCCUUCAAAGCAACAGACAUUUUGGGUGAUCUAGUUUGUGCAGGUUUAGCUAAUCGUGGUUGGAGCCCACCAUCAGUACAAAGGACAUUGGCAACACUUAUUCCAAGGGAAUCUUUACUGUGGAAAUUUAGAAUGCUUCGAUCUGCUGAGCUUUAUACAAAUGCUCGAUUGCAUGCAGUCAAAGCUCAUGUUUUAUUGGUUGCAAGUGGGAAUGAUCAGUUGUUUCCAAGUGCGGAAGAGGCACUUCGACUUAAGAAAGUUUUGAAAAACUGCAAGAUUCGAUAUUUCAAAGAUUCUAGUCAUUCAUUUCUUUUGGAAGAUGGUAUGCAACUUUCAACAGUUAUUAAGGGUGUUGGGUUUUACCGACAUUCACGAGCACGGGAUCAUGUUUCUGACUUUAUUCCACCAACUCAGGAAGAAUUUGGAAGAGUCUAUGAAGAACAUGGGCUAAUGAGAAAGCUAGUCAGCCCAGUUAUGUUUUCUACAAAUCAAAAUGGAAAAAUAAUGAAAGGACUUGCAGGCAUUCCUCAAGAAGGGCCAUGUAUUUUUGUAGGGAUUCAUAUGCUGAUGGGCUUAGAUAUACCUUUUUUGGGUCUAGAAUUGCUUCGACAACGGAAUAUACUUGUUCGUGGAAUAGCACACCCGAUAAUGUUUGAUGAUUAUUUGGAAGGAGAAUUGCAAGAAAUGAGUUUCUAUGAUACUGUCAGAUUGCAUGGUGCGGUCCCUGCUUCAGGAAAAAAUUUGCAUAAGCUAUUAUCCUCUAAAUCAUUUGUUCUUUUGUACCCUGGUGGUGCACGUGAAGCACUGCACCGAAAGGGUGAACAAUACAAGCUCUUCUGGCCUGAAAAGGCAGAAUUUGUUCGAAUGGCAGCUCGGUUUGAUGCAACUAUUGUACCCUUUGGCAUUGUGGGGGAAGAUGAUAUUGCAGAGGUUCUUCUUGAUUAUGAGGAUGUGAUUCACAUACCAUUUUAUAGGGACAUGGUAGAAGAUGUUAAUAAAGAAAUUCGUAAUAUAAGAAGCAAUGCAUCUGGUGAAGUUGCUAACCAACCAAUGUACAUGCCAUUUAUGGCUCCAAAACCUCCAGGGCGACUAUAUAUUUUAUUUGGCAAGCCAAUAUUAACUGCUGGGAGAAAGGAUGAACUUGAGGACAAGGCUAAUGUAAAUAAUUUAUAUUUACAAGUGAAAGGUGAAGUAGAAGCAGCAAUAACAUAUUUGCUACGAAAGAGAGAAGAAGAUCCUUACAGGCACUUUCUUCCUAGAUUUAUUUAUGAAGCAGCUUCAGGAUUUACUGUUCAAAUGCCAACAUUUGAUCCAUGAUCAUGUUCUACAUAGAGUCCAUUCUUUUGCGAUGCAUGCAAUAAUGAAAUUUGUAUGUGUAGUCCUUUCAGAAUAGUCUUGCCAAGCAUAGAUUGUAAAUUUCCGAAGAAUGGCAAUGGUAUUGAACGUGCAUCAUUAAGGAGUCUUGUGGGCCUUAAUAGAAGUUUUUUGAUUAAUAAAGAAUUUGGGCAUUCAUCUUUAUGUAGUUUUGUCUUCAAAAUAUUCUAAAGAUGGGUUGGAUGUCUUACGCAUCAGUGAUGUCAGUUCAUAACAGCUCUGAGAAUAGUCCUUUUCCUCAUAGCUUGAUUGAUAAUUAGAAGACUCCAUUUUUAAGGCUCCAAUCUUUUUUCAGGCAUAUGUGCUUUGGAAGACUCGGAUUAUUCUCUAAGAUAUCUUGAUCCACCAUACUUGUGGAUUA